CUAACCCAAACCAACCAAAAACCAAGGUUUCCCUUUUACUAUAAACUCAAACUCGAUUGCUCAUAAUAUAAAUACCACUUACAUAUAUGCUCCUCCUUUAAGCUUGCUUCCAGUAAUAUCCUCCCUUUUCUUUCUUACUUCCUAAUUGUUAUCCAUGCAUGGAUAAUACAAACAACAACAACAACAACAACAACAACAACAACAACAACAACAAAGUAACACAUGAUGGUUAUUAUUAUGUUGAUGAUCAUGGUUGUCAUAUGAUGAUGAUGACUUCAUGGCCACCAAGGUCAUACACAUGCAGUUUUUGCAAGAGGGAGUUUAGAUCUGCUCAAGCACUUGGAGGACAUAUGAAUGUUCAUAGAAGAGAUAGAGCUCAACUCAGGCUACGAACACUUGAUAAUUUCCCCAUGAGCCCUAAUAAUCUUCCUAUUAUUAUCUCUAAUAAUAAUAAUAAUAUUAAUAAUACCAUUAAUCUUAAUCUUCCUCCUACUCCAUCAACACCACCUACGUAUACACCCAACUUCAACAUCCAACCUUACAAUUGCACAUCAUCGUCAUCUUCUUCAUUAUCUCCUCCUACCAAACCAAACUCCCAUCUUAUCACUAAAUUAAGUUUGAAUUCCCAGAUGAAUAUUCAUCGUCUUUUCAACGUCCAUGAUUUGGAUUUGGAGCUUCGUCUUGGUUACAAUUAAUGCCUUCAUUUUAAGUUUUUCCUUUUAACUAUAUAUUUGGUUUUUUUAUUUUAUGCGUAUCGAUCGGAUAAUUAUGUUUUCUACUAGAUCUGUAUGCAUGUUCUCCUUUAAUUUGCUAGCUGAUAAUUAGUACGUGAUCGAUCCAUGGAUUACCUAGCUAGUUUGUUGUCUUAACUAUUUUACUUUGAUCUAUGUACGUAUUACGGAGCUAGUACUACUAUA